AUAAAAGCGUUCAUAAAAGACUUACUUGGGUUUGACCGCCAGAGUGAUAACCUGGAUGGGGGAAUACUAGGAGUAGUCAAAGCGUUCUACAGUUGUGUGGAAGCGCAAGGGCGGGGGACGCUUCAUUGCCACAUGAUGGUAUGGGUUGAGGGAGGAUUGGACCCAAAGGAACUUCAACAAAAACUGUCCGCAGACGGUGGAGCCGAUUUCGGCAAGCGGCUUAUUGCGUUCUUGGAAGACACCAUCUCAAACGAUAUACCUUUAGGUACGGAACUGGGUGACGGCGCGACGGAGGAUCCGGCUCCACGCCAACUCGAUGCUGCACGUAUCGACGAUUUGAGGAGGCUGGUCUUGAAGAAUCAGAUGCACCGUCAUACUGAUACUUGCUACAAAUACUGCGGGGACGGACCUCGAAAGUGUAGAUUUGACUUAGAGGAAGACAACGUCGUGAUGGAAAGCGUGUUUGACGAAGAGACGGGCGACCUUAUUUUGAGGAUCCUGAACGGCAUGGUGAAUAACUACAACCCUACCAUGCUUGAAGCGUUGAGAUGCAACAUGGACUUACAGUAUAUCGGGUCUGGCGAGGAGGCGAAAGCGGUCAUAUACUAUAUUACCGAUUACAUUACUAAGUCGCCUUUGAAGGCGCACGUAGCAUACGCCGCGUUGGAGCUCGCCGUUAAAAAACUCACGGACGCUGGUUUUGAUGUUCAAGACAGUUUUGAGAGGGCGCGACGGUUGCUGCAACGUACGGCAUUUUCAAUCAUAUCCAAUCAGGAGCUAUCCGCGCCGCAAGUGGCUUCGUAUCUGAUGGACUACGAAGAUCACUUCACUAGUCACCGGUUUGCUAACCUGUACUGGCCCUCAUUUGAGCGUUACAUUGACAAGACCCAUGGGCUUAGUGGAUCACAAAACUUAGAGACGGAUGGAAACGUACUAGAAUCCGACAAUGCAGCCCCCACGGAACAGGAUGAAGGGUUGGGCGACGAAGAGGUGGCAAUCUCGACCACUCCCAACGGGGAGGUCGUGCAGCUGAGCUCACAACUGACCGAUUACCUGUGCCGAGGGGACGGUCUUCGAAGUACUAGUUUAUGGGAUUUUAUUGCUACCACACGCAAAACUUCUAAUUCUGUU